GCGGAUAUAGUGAAUGCAGGGUCCGGGGAGAGCAGAUAUAGUGAAUGCAGGGUCUGGGGAGAGCGGAUAUAGUGAAUGCAGGGGUCCGGAGAGAGCGGAUAUAGUGAAUGCAGGGUCUGGGGAGACCGGAUAUAGUGAAUGCAGGGUCCGGGGAGAGCGGAUAUAGUGAAUGCAGGGGUCCGGGGAGACCAGAUAUAGUGAAUGGAGGGUCCGGGGAGAGCGGAUAUAGUGAAUGCAGGGUCUGGGGAGGCUGGAUAUAGUGAAUGCAGGGUCCGGGGAGACCGGAUAUAGUGAAUGCAGGGUCCGGGGAGACCAGAUAUAGUGAAUGCAGGGUCCGGGGAGA